AUGUUUCCGUUGGUAGGGUUAUCAUCGUUUAAGACGUCAAACCCAACUGGGAAACAUCCAUGGUUACCAAUGCCACCAUUUUCGAGAUCACAACAUACCCAGAAAACGUUUUAUCACGAAAAUAUUACAUCAAAAGGCAACAACAUAACAAGAGGAAGUGCGUUGCCUGUAUUAUCACAGAACGAUGAUCUUUUGACAUCAAAAGGUCUCCAAGAACUAUAUCAAGAGGCAUAUUUGCUGCUAAAAGAUGUACUAAAAGCUAGAAAACUAAACAAAAAUACUUCAACCAUUGACAUUCAUGUCAAAAGAAACCCAAAGGGAGUUUUUAUUCAUAAUAAAACAUCUUCAUUAAGGCAAUCGAAGUUGCUGGGACAAUCACCUCUUCCGCCAUUUAAAACAAGACAAAAAAAUACAACUUCUUUUCCAGUUACAAACAAUAAUGUAACAGGUACGAUAUACACUAGCAAAAUAUCAAAUUUUUCAAACUCGGACAAGAAUGAAAGCAAAGCAAACAAUUACUUUAGAAUAUUUACAGUCGAUCAAGCAAAUUUUAUUCAAACCUUGCUUGGAAAAAAGUGGAUAAACAAUAGAACACAAUCUGAUGAAACGUCUUACAGAAAUAGAGGAAAACAAUUUAUGAGUACUGAAUGGAACAACGAGAAAACUCAACUGUCUCAAAAUAAAACAAAGGAUAACGAUCGGUCAAAAAAUACUACAACUUCAAGCAGUUUUGACAAUUUAGCAAAACCUAAAACGCACUCACACGAUCGUAGUGGCGCCAACAGGAAUUCAAGCAGGCUACAGUCGUCGGCCUACAAUCGGACAAGUGUAUUGCAUAAUUUGGACCAUCCAUCCAAUUUGUCACGUAAGUAUGAGUAUACGAGCAUAAUUCAUAACCGCAAGAUGAAAGCUUUAAAACACCUCUUGAAGAAUGACUGUCUCGUACGUUAUUUCCAUGCAUUCGAACCUAAGUUGUGAAUAGGUAUUGUUGAAUGUCAUCAGGGGUCAAAUAUCAAAUUAAUGGAGUGAAAGUUUUCAGUCUUUAAUUUGCAUACAGUAGUUAUUGUUACUGUUAUUGGGAAAUAUAUCUCAAACUCAUUAAUAAUUCACGAGUAAAUUAACCAACCAUAUUGCUUUAUUUUGCCCACAUGAUAAUACUGGAUACCUAUAAUUCAAUUCUUGGAUUGGAUAAAAAUUAAUUCAAACCACUUUAAGUAGUUAUUUAUUCGUAUGAGAUGUCAUUUCAUCCUCGCAUUUUCAUCCAGUCCUCAAAUUGCGCGGACUUGAAAUCUAGUCCAGUCCUUGUCCAGUCGUCAUAGUCGGAUUUGAAAUGUUACAUCCUUAUAGUCUUGUUUAACACCUUCAAGUUGUCAUUAAUAUAAUGUCCGUUUACUCUUAUUUAGAACAAUAUAAUCUAUUAACACAAGAGAUAGUUGUGGAAAGUGGUGAUAAGCGAGAUAGAAGACCAGAUGACACUUGUUCGACUGGUGCUGUGAAGUACAAUCAAACUUUAACAUUUGGUCUAAAUGCAGGACAGUUUACUGAAGAAACCACAGCGAAGACAAUGGAAAACUGUAUUUCUCAUUGUUGUUCAAGGAAAAGCUGUGAUGUGGUUUUUAUGUUGAAAGAAAGUUGUUUUCUUGUGAAAUGUCACAACAAAUCAUCUUGUUAUUCACGACAAGCUAAAUCUCUCAGUUUUAAUCCAAGAUUGACUUACGUCUUUCGCCACACGCAAAAUGGUAUGCAUCAAUUUUGUAUCCAUGCGGCCUCCCCCAAAUUAAAGCCCUACUUGUCAUGACAGUCUGAUUCAGUUCUACUUAAGGUGUCUUGAUUCUGCUAUUUAAAAUGAAAAAUUCAGUAUUUAGACCCAAAUCGUUGGAAAGCUGUUAUUUUUCAGCAAACGAAGAGUUUAUCUGUUUCACAGAAAACAAUUUCACAAUAAUUACGUAACUACCGUGGCUUUACUAAACAGUUGAAAUGUGAUCCUCAUACUUUAUUUCAUAAAAUAUUUAUUUAGCAUUUUUAAAUUGUUUUAUAUCUUGUAAAAUGAAACGAUACCACUCAUUCACUCUGAAAUAGGCCUUUCCAUGAAUUUUGCAAACCUUCAAUCACAUUGUUAUCUACUUUGCUGAUGUUUGCAAUAAGUUACAGUUUCCACUAAGUAUAAUUCUAGAAAAUACAAAUCAACGUUUCAACUGAGGAAUCAUGACACUGCAAGAUUGAGGAAUAGUUAACAAAUUUCGUUAUGUCCAUUGUUGUGAUGGUUUUCUAAAACUGAGCACUGUUGUGUUGUUUUUCCAAAAUUAGACCGACUUCCAACAAAAGGUAAUGCUUCCCAGAAACCAAAAGAACAGUGCAGUUAUCAGAAAAUGAUUCAAAAUAUGACAUUGCAUGGAGGACUAGAUGCUGGAUUGUUUACUUUACAUGGUGAUGUUAAAACAUUGGAUAAAUGUACGAAAUAUUGCUGUAAUAAUAAACAUUGUGACAUCGCGUUCAUGGUGGAUGAUGCAUGUUACUCUGUUCAGUGUAAAGAUGAGGAGUCGUGCACACCUGUAGAAAUGUCGUUUUCUAAGACUAAAGUAUCACUUGCAUUCAUCUCAAGAGGAAACAGACAACCAAUUAUAGGUAUCAUACUAUUAUUAUGGAAUUUUUAUAUAUGCCCAUCGAGUGAGAUGCCCAAAAAUCCUGAUACUAUUAGUAUACUCAUUAUACAUAUUGUUAGUAUAAUGACAACCGAUGCAAACCGAUGCAGCCUGUUCAAACCGAAAGAAUAGCGGAAAUACGUGUAAGCUACAUUAAUAUAUAAUUAACACUUUAUUACAUGAGUGGGAAAGCAUGAUAAUAUUAUUUUCAUAAAUCUUUUGUUUAAUUAUACAUCAUUAAAAAUUUAAAAGAAAACGCUUCCCCUAUUUUACUCGCAUGGCAGAAAUUUAAAAUAACUUUUUUGCGUUGUUGUAUUCAUGUGUACUAUGGACGUUUUGUGCAUCCUAAAUUGUUCAUCUUCUUCAGAUAUAGGUGAACUGAAACCCUUAUCUCGUUCUGUGAAAGAACAACCAGAAACAACCUGGUUCUGUAAGAACAGCAAUACAAGCAAGAUACUGACCAAUGUUAAACUACGUGGUGGGCUAAAAGCAGGAAACAUCACAAACAAAGGAGCUGUAACAAAUUACCAUCAGUGUGUGGGAUAUUGUUGUCAAGACAAACAUUGUAAUGUUGCUAUGACUAUAAAAAAUAAUUGUUUCUUGGUCGCGUGUAAAUCAUACUCAGAUUGCUUACUACAGGAGGCAACUGAUCUUCAGUCACAAGUUGUCUACGUCAACUGGGAGACACCAACUGAUGAAGUUCUCACCAAAGGUUGGUGUAAAUGGUGUACAUAUUGCUUGCAAUACUCCCGACUUGGCAUUUUAGCGCGAAGAGGAAACUGUCGACUACCGUUGUACACAUUGACAGAGAUAAGAUAAAACAAAUUAAUUAACUGCUUUUGAGUAAUAGCGGCUGUUACUACGCCACGUUUCAUACCUCCUUCACAGGCGUUGAAAAGCUGGCGCGAAAAAAUAGGGAGGCACACGCGAAGGUAGUCACGUUCUUGUAUAAUACAUGGCAAGCACUCCAAAUUGGCUUAAGUUCGCUAAUAUCGAAAUGGAAUCAAGGAGGGGAAAGAUGGUUGAUUCUCAUUUCUAGGAAAGGUGUUAGCAUCCCACGUGUCCGCCAAUGAAAAGACAGAAUAGACAGAAUUCCUGAUUUGGAAUUACGACAGCAUGUAUAACACAAAGGAAAUUUUCGAUUGCUAAGGUUUUGAAAAAUACACUAAGCAGGCUUGUGAUAUCCCUUUUCUUAAACAAAUUCAAUCGGAAAUGUUGUGUAUAACUGUAUUUCAUCAGUGUGGUUAUUAAGAGGUCUUCUUCGAAAAUGUGUUGUAUGUUAAAUUACUCAAUGUAAAGGGUCUAUACACGUGCUCAGCUUUUCUCGCUCACUUGGUCUCAAAUUUAGAAAGUUCUUGAACAGAAAAAUACCCUAUCAUCGUGGACAUCACUUCUUAAUCAAAUUUUAAUCUGUUUUUCAUGUGAGAGUUAAAUGAAAGUUAUUUUCCUGUAUCCCCCCUUCCCCAUAGGCAAUGUUGCUGAGAUGUAUUGAAAAUGUGAGGAAAAUAAUAUCAACUUUGGGUGGGGGGAGGAUGGGUGAGGGCGAGUGACGGAGCAAAACCUAAGAAAGUAAUUAGUUGAAUGCAUUUUCAUAAAAUUGACAGUUUUGUCCCCGGUUGUAAAUUAUUAAUAAUGCCUCGUUUUUCUAAAGAAUUUCAUGUUAUACAAAUUGAUAGGGAAGAUUUUGUUAAAAAAUCUGGGAUGUUGGAACGAGGAUGAAAAAUUACAAAGUCUGAGAUCCUUAGAAGGAACUGAUGAUCUCUUAAUGGACUCUUACAAAUCAAGAAGAAAUGCAAUCAUAAAGUGUGCAAAGGUGGCGAGAAAAAGAAAUUUCAAAGGUUCGAUCACUUAAUAUUGGGCAUAUUUUUAUACAUUUGAUUAACAAAUGAGGACAAUUUUAUUAUGUGGAAUUAAAUUAACAAAGAGCGUCCACAGUAGGUUCUGUGCGACGUUGAAUAAUGUUUACUACGAAAAUGCAUGAAUUCGAAGUUGCGGAAUGGCACGUUGAGUUAUUUUAGACCAGGAAUGCGGCAUAGACCAUAUAGAUAUCUUAUAUACACUAGUUAGCGCAUCUCUUUUAGUAAAAUUGAAGCCAAGAAUAUUCCAGCGGUUACCCCCAUUUGAAUAGAUGGCGGCCAUGUUGGUCGUUCCCACUUAGUAAUAAACGCUUAAAAACAACAAUAACUUUCAUCAUUCGAAUAGUUUAAAAAUGUAUUUGGAAUAGGGUUAACUUAAUGUUUAAGUUCCCUGUUUAAAAAAUAGAAACAUACGAAUCUUCUCAUUUCAUGGGAACGACCUGAGACUGCAAUCAUGGCUUCAAUUUUUGAAUUUCAGAAUAAUUAGAUGCACUAUCUAGUGUAUAUAAGAUAUCUAUGGCAUAGACCUGAUAGAAGGCGACAUAGACCUUAUAGAACGCAUUAUCGAGCUUCCACUUCAAGACGUCGACUCUUUUCCGUGUUUUUGGUAUAAGAGAUACUAAUGGAGUCGUUUGAUAUAUCUGAUUAACCAAUAAAACGCGUACAAAGCCAGAAAGUGAGCGGUAGUUGGUAGUCAAAUCCGAACGACCUCUCUAUUAACAAAAGAAGUGCUUUAAUUAUCUAUGGUUAGAGCAAUGUUAUACAAGUGUUCUGUAGAAUAUAAAGUGUUGAGAAUUAGCAUACAUUUGAGUUUUAAAUAUGCAAAUGUCUUGCCAAGUUCCAAGAUCGCGCGUUGCGCAGUUAACAAAAUAAUCUUAUGUUAUUAUCCUGGGUACGAGUUUCAUUUUUCUAAUUUACAGUGUUCGCUCUCCAUAACGGAGGUGAAUGUCGAAGCGGUCAUAGCGCGGGAAUUAUUUAUCAGUCACAUGGCAGAUCACGUGGUGGUUGUCAUAAAGGUAUUGGAGAUCACGUGUCCAAUCAUGUUUAUCACAUGAAAGAAAAUGGUAAGCAUAGGGUGAGACAUAUUCAUGGUAUUUCAUAAAACGCCAAAAUAAGUGACCAAAAUUUCACUGGAUAAUUGAAAUGUUAUGCUAUAAAGUUUUAUGCAAAUGACUACCCAGCUGUUGCGCAGUCCCUGCCACCUUUUUCCAUGUACUUUUUUUAUUUAAGUAUAACUUUAUAUAUGUUAUUGUCUUUCAAUUAUGUAAUCAUCAAUUCAUUAUCGGUAUGGGGAAGCUAGGAAAAGUUCAUGUCAUUAGGCGACAUGCCAAACAUAUCUGUUAAAGAUAAAUUUGCUAUAAAGGAAAAUAAAAUAUGUAAGAUAUCAAAAUAAGUGAACGCACGUGAAAUUGGUGAUAUACUGACAAGCUCAGAAGAUGUGUUUCCGAAAAUCAAGUCACAAAACUACUAACACAUUUAUCGAGUUGUCGCUGGGUAGUAUCUGAACUACCUGAAAAAUCUACAGUAGAUGGUUCACUAGAAACCUCCUGAAGAUCAGUAUUCGUUCGAAACGAGUUAUUCGCUAUUUUUUUCAUUGUAGUUCAGACACAACUCACCUGUAUUAAUGUAAGAACUGUAUAUAAGAACUUGACACUUAUAAUUUCCAGAAUUCCGGCAUUCAUAUUUCAUAGAGUGCCACAAUUCUUAAAAUAGCUCAUUUCAUUCCAUUAAUAUCAGGAAGUGUAGCAGAUCACGGUUGUUGGAAAGCAAUUCAAAGAGAAGAAAAUUUUGUGACGUUGGAAUCAACAGAUGGACGGGUCAAAGAUAUAUAUAAAGGACGAAAUGAUUCAUUAUUAAAAUGUGCAGAGGCAGCCAUCUCUCAACAAUACACGCUGUUCGCUCUGCGUGAUGGAGGACAAUGCUUAGCUGGGCCGAAUUUGAAAUCUACCGCAUACAAGAAACAUGGCGUGUCAAAAUUAUGUACAAAUGGUUUGGGAUCUGCCUCUUCAAAAAACGUUUAUCAAAUUAUAGGUAUGUCUUCUAGAUUUCGCGCGACCAGCAACGUUACCACUCGAUAUCCGAAAGUAGGCACCUGGAAGACGAAAUUCGUUGUCCACUGAAAAUGAAACCAGCAACCAAAACGUACGGAGUAAUAGACAACUUGCAUGUUAGACUAAUUUUUGAUCUAGGAAAAAAGUAAAUUCCCGUAAAGAAUUUAUUAAAAUUAGUAAAAUUGCAAAAUUUGGUUACGAAAUGUUGUAAAGUACGGAAAAUAUAGCCUUGCGGAGUUUGCAUAUUUUGUGUAUGUUUUGAGCCGAAAAUGGUAACAAUUUCCGCACGUAAUACAAACAUAUACAAAAUUUGCAAACUUUGCAAGACUAUAUUUUCCAAGCUUUACGUUUCCGUUUACUAAGAAUAAUCUUAGAUUAAAAUUGAGUCUAACAUGCAAAUUGUCCAUUGACUAUAUAUGAGGUUUCAAAAGUGUUUUCAGAAAUACCAGAUGACUACAUUAUUUUGCAAAGCAUCUCAAGUAAUAGGUUUCUACCAUAAUAUGUUAGAAAGGUUACCCUUUGUAACGGCUGCCUUCCGGCUUCAUUUUUUAUAGUCCAGUUUUUAUUCCAGAUCAGUGAAUGUUAUCCAUUGUAGAAAAGUUGACGAUCCUUAAUUUUACCCGGCCGUUAUGACUUCAAUGACAGUAACAUAAAUGGGGGGAGGUUAUGUUUAUGAUGAUCUAUGCUGAUGGGGAAAAUAUAAAUCAAAUUAAAGCACUACUCUUCGAUUAUUAGGUACAACUCAGUUAUUCUUACAACAGAAUAACAAGGAACCAUUUCUGGCACUAAACACCAAGAAACGUCAAAAUGCACGACAAAACAACUUCGUGGAAUCAAAAUUACUUUCAGCAAAGCUUCCUUACAAGCACAGCUCUCCACAGUCUCGUACAUUUACACAUGGUCUCAAAGCUGGACACUUCACUCACCAAGGAGACGUAAACAAUAUGGCAAAAUGUAUACAGUAUUGUGGUCAACAACUAGGCUGUUCUGCAGCAUUCAUGGUUCGUCAUGUUUGUUUUACUGUCAAGUGCUACAGUAAAAGAUCAUGUGACACCGCACCAGCAGUGCAUUCUGGGUAUAACCCUAAGCUCUCCUUUAUCACACAUUUACCACCAGCAAUGACGUCAUACAAAGGUGAGUUGCAAGAGGAUGAGCAACGCAGCCGCGGCAAAACCAUUUCACUCAUCAUGAGCGGGAUAGGUGUUUUGAUAUUGAAGUGGUUUUUUCAAAUGCAUGAUAUGACCAGCCAUUUUUGGAGGACAUGUGUGCACACAUGA